UCCGCAGUGGUGUUGUGCUUCCUGCCCUGGUGGAGGGAGGGGACCGUGCGGACGGUUGGGAGGACAAGCGGAGUGAGACGAGAGAAUUGGGGAGAGAAAUCAGGAAGAAGGAGAAGGCCCGCUUUCCAUCUUCCCUCGGGAUAACCGUCGUAUAUUUAAUCAGAUCAACAGCCGAAUCAAGAGAAAUGUCGACCGGUCGCCAACACAGUGAAAGCCGGGCCAUACCGACCAGAACGGUGCUAAUCAACGACACAACGCAGCUACCUCACGAUUACUGCACGACUCCUGGAGGUACUCUGUUCUCCACCACUCCAGGAGGCACCAGGAUUAUCUAUGAUCGCAAGUUCCUGCUAGACCGGCGCAAUUCCCCCAUCGCUCAGACUCCCCCAGCCCACCUCCCUGUCAUCCCAGGGGUUACCAACCACAGCACUGUCAAUGAAAACAAGAAGAACGGAGCCAACAAUGUGAACAACCAUGAUGGCAAACCAGGAGUGGGUGAGGACGCACAGUUCGAGAUGGACAUCUAGCGCAGAAGAGCUACAGUGAAGAAGCUGGAAUCACCUGGUAUCUGUGUGACUGUGGCUUGGCUUUUAGAAACCAAUAUUGUUAGCCCUUACAGCCUUUGCUCUUUCUUUAGCUGCUGGGUGCAGAGCACACCAUGGGAUUACCGGUAUGGCUGACACGGCGCUGAAAAAUAACAACCAGGCUGUACCAUUUUGUUAGAAUCGGUUACUGUGUCUCUCCCCCUUGAAAUCACAGUUGUCAUCAGUGAAUCCUACGCAACUAGAAGAAAAGGAUUGGGACUGAACUCUUCACUGGAAAAAAUAAGAAGUUAUAGACCAGGAUCGAAGCAAUAAUCUCAGUUUUUUGUUAUCUCUGGUUUUUAACCUGCACCUUUUAGUAAAACUGGCCACAGUGCCACUCUAUUUUGGAAAUACCCUAAUUGGUACACUUAGAAGUGCUCUUCUUUAUGGAGCAAAAUUGAGCCUAGUUGAACCCUGUUUCAAAAAGCAUCUUAUUGGUUAUGUCUGAAAGGCCUUGCUCAAUGGUUUGUGUAUAAAUCCUGGCGUUAUGUGUUCAGUGCACAUGCUUUUACUUGAAUUGUCUAGUUUGCUUGUCCAGGUAGAAUUUUUUUGCACAGUGUUUGAUUGAAUUUUACAGCUUAAGAGUAAGAUUAACCAUGGUGAGAAGACAGUUAAAGAUCUCACCUGCUUGUAGACCACAAGGUGUCCAGCAAAGUUAUUGAGGGAAUCCUGUUUCAUAAACUUGCCUUUAUUUUAAAUACAGAGCAGGGAAUCCUGUGAUUAUUCCUAAGCUUAUCAUUUCUGUCAGUCAUUAAUGCAAGCUAGACAUGAUUUUUUUGUUUUAUUUUUUGAAAAGUAAUUGAUCUCACAUUAGCAAGUUUUUUUUUUCUUGGCAGUAUUACUGGUGACAGUUGGAUACAGAAAGGCCUAGUAGUUCUGCCAACAAACAUACCUUUUUAAUUGUUCAGAAAAGAUAAUUGGCUAAAAAAAAUGUCAUUACUCUGCAUCUUUGCGUAAGAAGCAGUCCAGUGUAACGGGGAGUAAUGUUUAUCUGUUCCUUAAAGGAUGUAGACUUUGUGUCAAAUGUUCAUUUUGACAUUAAACAAACAUCAGUUGUGGACCAUUAUGCAGACUGAUGGUACUACAUAUGUUACAAUUGUGAAUGUUUCUCUAAAUGUAAAUAUUAAUAAUGACCCUUUCUUUCUACCUCCAAUGGGAGCAUUUAAAAAAAAUUCUACAUGUCAUCAAGAAAGAUGCACAAAAACAUCCAAAGUGGUAAGAAUUUACUUAUUGAUAAAUUGUUCAUAAAAUUAGCUGCAUCUUGAAGAGUGCAGUGUGGCAUGAAAAGAACGCGAGUGACUUUUUUGAAGCUGACCUCCAAACAGCUAUUAAAGAGUGGCUAUGUGAGCUGAUCUUGGGACGUGCCUGCAUGCACAGACAGACACAUAGGUCAGCUAAAAUAUCAUGCUUGUUUAUGACCUUAUUUUACACAGAUGGCAACAGCCUUUCCAAAGCCCUGUUUCUUGCUGAUUCAGUGGAAGGUAGGAAAGCACUGACAAGUCAGGUUGUUCUUAUACAUAUUUUAAUAUAUUUAAAAAAAUUGUUCUUUAUUUCCAUAAGAAAACUGUGUAGCAAAUUUACUUUUGUUACACCAGCUUACUGUUACAAAACUUUAAUUUAAAAUU